AGUUUUUCUCAGUCGAGCUCGAGGCUCCAUAGUGCGUGGUCUGUUGUGUGACGUGCUUCUCGUGUGUGUUUAUCGCUCGGAAUUCUCAUUCAGCAAACAACAAAAAACAAAACAGAAUCAAGAACCACCGUUUAUAGCAUGUCUUGACAAGUGAAGAAGAAUUUAUCAACGCGGGGGUCUCGGCAGGUCAAGGGUUCAACAAUAUGGCGAACGGUCACCAACAACUUCCGGAACAAUACACCGUGCCCCAGUUGGCAAGGGUCUUCCACAGUCUGCCACACCUCAACGUAUCACUCCACUGGGUCAACAAUACCUUCAAUCCACAUUCCGAAAUUUACCUCGAGAGCCUUGGUAUACUCGGGAGUAUUCCAGCUGCUUGGCUUAUCCUGACGCUUCUCGUUCUAUUAGUAUAUCUCGUAACGAGAUGCUGCGACCGGAAGCCACGUCCUCGAAGGUCGAUAACCCUGCUGAAGUGGACACUAGCUAUUCUCGCUGUACUUUGUUGCGGUGCCAUUGCCGUUGGUCUUUACGGCAAUGAUGACGUUCACAACGGCCUCGUACAACUCCUCGUAGCCGCUAAGAAGGUUGAUGACAUCAUUGCAGCAGUGAGAAAUCAGACUGACACCAUCGAGAGCACGUUAAAAAAAAAGAUGGAGCCUCAACUGACGUCAUUGGGGGAUGCAUUCGAUGCACCGGUCAAUAACAAAACAACACUCGAUUAUUUGCUCAAGGCGUUAGCAUACAUGAAGCAAAAUACUAGCAUCGCAGUUAAUCGUAGCUUCGAGAUAAGAAAACCACUGAGUGGUAUAAGUUUAGCGGGUGCUGUUGCACUCGGUGAAAGAAUUGAAGAAUUCAGAUGGCCCAUUACAAUGGCAGUUCUCAGCGCCCUUGUCGCUUUAUGCGCGGUUCUGCUGGUCGGAGUCGCGCGACAUUCCCGAUGCGCUCUCAUCACGUUCUCCGUUUUCGGGCUCUUCGCUGUCAUAGUCACGUGGUUAAUGGCUUCAUUGUAUCUAGCGACCUCGGUUGCGCUUGGUGAUUUGUGCUUUGCACCUGAAGAUUAUCUUGCAAAAAAUGUACCGCCGACCCUAGCGUCUGAAGUUUUAUCGUAUUACACGCAUUGCGAAGCCACACGGAGCAAUCCGUUUACCCAACGUUUGCGGGAAGGUCAACGCGCCGCUGAGCACAUGAGAACGAGCCUCAACAACAUCGAUCGUCUCGCAGUCGAAUUGUUUCAUGACCAGCAAUUGAAGCCCAAAUUCAGUAGCCUUAUGACCGAUGUGAAUUCCGUUGAUCGUCUUAUAUCCGGCCUCGCUACUCUCCUCGAUUGCAAACCACUACACAAGCAAUACGUUCAAGCUGCUAAAAGCCUCUGUCAUUUGGGAUUGUACGGUCUGAGUUUUAUGCUGUUAUCCAGUCUUGGCGCCGGUCUCAUCUUCACCGUUCUCGUUUGGGUCGAUUCUCACACGUGGAUUUAUAUUAGAAAACGAAGAGAUUACCACCAGGUCGACGAACAGGAUCCUUAUUUACCACCGUCGGCGGCGUCGCAAGCCAUUGCAGCUCGUACUCUUCGUGGCCAAGGGUCGUACCCGCCUACAGCCCCUCCUCUUAAUACGAAUGCUCAUGGCACGAACAAUAUAAUUAAGCAGCCUCUCCUGCUAACGCCGCCCCCGCCGUCCUACGCUACUGCGACAGCUCGAGCACGUCAGCUGCACGAGAGCAUGUUAAAAGGUGGGGGCAUUAACGGUAGCGGAGGAGCCAGCGAUCACAAAUCUGCUCAGCAUAAUCAGCAGUCGGCGAGUGGACGAGCUGAGCACCGUUCUGGACUCGGAGAUCAACCUGGUCGAGAACCGCCGUGGACACCGAGUGUGGCGUCAUUUACCGGCACCCUGUCUCACAAUUCACAUGGACCCGCGCACCUCGCUACAUUCCAAGAUUCACGAAAGACUCAAACGCUCGAUCCGAAAAAUUUGGCUAGCCUUAAGCGUGGACCGACACCGGCAUGGAACCAAAAUCGUCCGUUACCACCGAAUCCAUCGGCUCAACCAACGUGGGAGUUCGAAUCUCGCUCACAAACAAAUAUGAAUCAGUUUCGUUCAUUAGUACGUAACAAAGCGCCGAAUAUACGUAUACAAGAUCAAAUCCAGGAUCAGGUGAGAACGUUGGAUCGUAAUUUCUCGCGAAGCCAGUUCAACGGUACGGCGCAAAACAACGCGGUGCCAAAUAUGUAUGGUACUUAUAACAGGUCGCAGGCUAGGCAAGAAAAAACAGCAGCAGUACCGACACUCAGUCAGGUACAGGGCAGCGACCCCAAUCUGUAUGCCGUAACUGAACUGUGAAAAAAUAGUAACGCGAAGGAAAAAAGGUAACGGAAUAAGUGUGAUCUGAGACAAAAGCAAACGCCUAUAGAGCUGUGCCGAAGUACAGGCUCGUAAAAUCACACAUGGAAAAAACAAAACCAAAGGGAAAAAUCGGGCGACACGAAGUGAGUGACUACUCACUGUCAGGAUUUCAAAAUUGGAAACAUUUCACUUUUUUUCUCAACUUUUCAAAAUGAAAAGGGCCCAGGAAUGAUAUACGAGGCUGUACACGGUUUUACGAAUUGGAAGAUGACGAGCGAGACUAGAAAGAGGGGGCAAAGUAAUCUCGGAUAGUUACGAAGAGAUUUUAUUUCUUUUUUCGGAACAGACAUUUCAUUUGGCUCUUAUUGAACGAAGAGUCUAUCGAUGAUCGAGAUAAACAAGGAAUCUUUGAAACUCGGUUAGUCAGCGAGUUUCAAAGAAAUGCGUUAAUGGAAAAUGUCAAUUCCACGAAUAUUGUCACUUUGGAAGCAAAGAUUCGAAAACAUAGGAGAAAAAAGAAAACGCAUGGCAAACAUGUGAAAUAGAUAAGAUCGAUGUUAUGAUUUUACAGUAACUUUUUAACGAGGCUCGAUUUCUAUUAUAUAAUUUGUCGUUUUUUUUGUUGUUUAUGUUUGCUAAACACCCCAGGGAAAUAUUCUCUCGUGAAUAAUUGAUAUAUUAUCGAUACGCAAAAAACUCCACGCGAGACGUCGAAUUUUCGUAGAAUAACGAAGAAAAUAAAACAGCGCAAACCAUUCGAUGUUCAACUGUUGAAUCGUCGAACGAAUUUCCAAUUCGAUGAUGUUUUCUAAGAUUUUUUUAUACGUAAAUAUACGCCAUUCUUUUAUUCGGCAUUCAAUCGUUCGUAAAACGAUUGUUGAAACAACAAAUAACGAUUGAAUAAUUCAGCCUAAGCACAAAUCGAGCAACCUCACAUUCAUCUUUUUCAUCAUAAACAAAAGGCUGAAGAAUCAUAAAUCACGCUAAUCUCACCAGUGCAGUAGUGCACUUUAUCGCGAGAAUAAAAUUCAUCGAGCAUAUUAACAAUGAUUGUGAGAGAGGAAUACCAAAAGACACUUUUAUAUAUACAUAUACACACACACGCAUUUAUAUAUAUACACAUAUACAUACCUUUUACAUUGAAAAGUGAAAAUUGUGCUCAAUUUUCGAAGUCUUGAGCUCGAUAUUCAAUUUCUUGAUAUUUCUUCGAUCUGAAAGUUCUAAAAAUGAUGAAUUUACUGCUCGUACAUUAUUCAAAACUUGAAAUAACAUUUUUUUCAACAGUUUACCUUCGAAAUGAAGAUCUGACAAAUAAUCAACUGAACUCGGGCACGCUGAGUACUAAACACAAAGAAGUUGAUUGAUUGGAAAAAUAGUAUCGAUAAAACGCCCGGUGAACGAUUUCUGUAAAUUGUUUCAUUUUUUUCAUACAGCAACUUUCAAUAGUUCUCUCUCGCUUUCAUUUUAUUCUAAUAACCUUGAAAAACGUGAUUACCACGUUCAUGGAAGUUGUUACCGGUGUAAAAGCACCAAUUUUUUAUUAAAAUUUUCUCCUGAAUUACGAAAUAUUAAAAUCCUAUUAGAAAGUUUGGUGAACAAUGUAUCGAGCAUGAAAUCUGAAAUCGGAAGAUGUUGGCACACCAGCCAAAUGAACGAACUACUUGAAAUUAUUACUAGAAUAAACCGUUUUUUAAUUCGUAAAACGGUAAGGCGUUACCGAGCGAUCGUCAGCCGAGUGAUAAGAAGAUGUAAACAAAACAAAACAGGAAAAAACAUAUUUAUUAAAGCUUAUCCGUAUCACAAGGCCUUCAAAACGGCCUCGAUGAAUCUUAAUUGAUAAUAAUCGAAUUUACAUAAACACAAAAGAAAAUACUGCCAAUGCUGAGGCAUAUAAAAGUUUUUAAGUACAAACCCCAUGUUGCGACGAACUUUUCUUUGUAUCCAAUCGCACUUUAUCGUGAUUGGAGACGAUCGAAUGAGAACAGCUCUUGAUUUUGUACUUGUUAUUGAGUUCGAAGAAAAACUUUCCUCAAAGUUCAAAAAAAAAAACAAAAACAAGCGAGAAAAACGGUUUUCCUCGCUUCACGGGUGUAGAAGUAAAUUAUUGUCAAGAGACAGUGUCUCUCGUCUUUUCCCAACGAAUCGAGAGAACCUUCGUAGUAAAGUGUUUCAAGCAGAUUAUUCGAUCACCAAUCCUGUAAAUAAUUAGUAACAAAGAAAAAGCGGAAAAAAGAAAAAAAACUGUAAGACUAAAACGAUUAGACGUAUAUGAAGUGUGAUAAUUUUAAACUCGAUGUAUAUUCGAGAGUAUUUCAGGAACGAGAGUUUGGUUUCUUCUCUCAUUAAUGGAAAUACUGGGCGAAGAUUCAAUUCAAGAAUGCCUGUGUCUCGUGAAAAAAUUUUAAUAAGUUUUUCUUUGUUUUCUACUUAUUACUAAAGUUUGUUCGUACAAUGUGUAGGAGCGAACAGUGCCAUUCCACGAGCAUUUUUCGUACACUGGAUUCUCGUAAGGUUUUUUCUUUUUCUUUUUUUUUUUGAUUUCCUUCGACCGUUCGACUGAAAAAAGAAGUCUAAUACACAAGAAAAAUUGUAAUUUUAUAAAAUGUCACAUCUCGGAUACUGUUUUGUUUUUUUUCCCUGCAAAACUUGUAGAACAAACUUAACCCUAGCGUCAAAACAGAUACGAAACCCGAUGUAAAUACUUGUAAUAUUUAUUGUGAAGCAUGAAGGAAAGAGCAGAUGAUGCGAGGGAACGGGGAGGGGCAAAAGGGAGGGGGGUGGGGAGAAAAUGACACAUAGAAACUCAGUUAUAUAAACUUAACCUUAGUACAUUAAUUAAGCUUAAGAAUUUCUGAUUGCCAGAGCGUCGUAUCGCUACGCACGCAGGCACGCAAAAAAAAGAAACUGAAGAAAGUCUUGUGUUUUUUCCUUCCGCUUUGUUUUUAGUCGAAGUUUCAUUGCGAAGUAAAGACGAAAGGGAGAAAGAAGUGUACGAAAGAAUUUAGUGUCCUAGUCAGUAAAUAACGUGGUGUAUUUAUCGUCAUUGUGACGAAAAGCGAGGAAGAAUAAUCGUAACAUGGAUCUCUUGCCAAAUUCGUUUCGAUAUGGCUCAAUAUAUAUAUACACAGAUAUAUAUAUAUAUUUUUUGUUCUUUCUCUUUAUUUUGGAAAAGUAGCGGAAUUACAAAAUAAACACACAAGAAAACGAUUCAACACAAAGAAAAACUACUCUCUUUCUCAAGUAAUCUUAUAUCUACUACGCUACUAAAAAACAUUUACUACUUCAUACUAUGAGUAAACAAGAGAUAAAAAAGAAAAAAAAAACAAUUUAACAAUAAAAUGAUCAAAUAAAAAGGUAUCUUAAUGUAGCGUCGAACGCGAUUGCGUUAGACUUUCGAUUAGCUGAUAAUAUACGAAAUGGAAAAACCACAAAUAAAACGAGUUGGCCUCUAAAAAAAAGUCCCAUACAGUGAUUCGGAGUUCCGAAAGUAAUUUUUCGAGCUGGUGCACAAUUGCGGAAUUUUCAUACUUUAUUGUAAGUACGAUAAUUAUUGAGAUAACUACUCAGCUAUUCCAACUGGUCGAACGAGUGCACAGGAGCAUACUUUUUUCUUUCAUUCCGAACAAGGUUCAGAAAAACAUUUCAACAAUCAUUUUGUUAGUGAAAAGCAAAUAACUGUCGUCUGCAUGCAAUCGUGCAUGAUACUUAUUCAAGCAAUCAAAAUUUUCCAAAUAUUUUAUGGGAUAUUUCAAUGAAGAGAACAAAAUCGAGCACGUGGACACAUCGAUGUAAAUUCGACGCAACCAAAUCGCGACUUCCUUCUCCCGCUCGAAAUGAAAGCUCACGAAUGAUUAAUCAACAAAAAUUUCUUCGUUCUGCGUUCUCGUUUGUCCAGAAUAACGUAAUUCAGAUAAACAAAAUUUUAAGGCCCACUUGUAUCAAUGUCAUUGAAUUUAUUCAAAAAUACAAAUUGAAGAAAUAUAUUAUUUGAAAUUAUUUGUUUUUUUUUUUUUAUCGAAUAAGAGGUUACUUGAGCAAUUUUGAAUUCGAAGCUUCUCUGAAACGGAUGGCCAUAGAUACUGUUACAGAAUCAGAUGUAGUAUCCCAUCACUUGUCCGCCGACUACCAAAAUGUUCGAAAAUAUAUGGGAGGUAUUAAGUAUAUGUAUUGUAAUAACGAAUUAUCUAAACAGCACACGAAAAAAAAGAAACCAAAAUGAAAAGUAAAACCGACCGUUUAGUGUCGAAGACUGCCACGAGAUACACAAACGGGAUCAAUACAGUAUUCUGAACGAGGAGUCUUUCAAAUUUCGGGGAAAACGAUUCGUUUUUUUUCCUUUUUUUCAAAUAUAUUGACACGAAUCGAAUCCAUCCCAAGAUUGGGAUUUGCCAACAGUACCCGAAAAGAGUAAGAUUCAAAUACAUCAAAUUGAAUAAGUUUCCAAAAGUAGCGAACCAAAAGUGUUGGAAAAUGAUAUUCCAAUAGUUCGUCAAUUUAUCUUGAGAUAAACACAUAAACCAGUGUUCUUACUCGUGUGAAUGACCGUCGAGAACACUUUUUCUAAUAUUGUUCAUUUUUUCACAUGAUUUUUAUACGAUAAAAAGCGAAGAAAAGCGAAAGUUUGUAUGUGUGUGUGCGUUGAACGCGAUCAGUUGUUGCGAUAACAUCAAUGCUAGUGAAUAACUGUUUCGCUAACGAUUCAAACAAUUCCAGGCAUUUGUAUAGACUCACGAAAAUGAAGAAAAAAAAAAACAAAUAAAAUAGACAAGUAUAUUUAAAUCAAUGUUGAGAUCUUUGAUGUUGGCUUGAGAGUCACAUUUUACAAGUUGAGAUGUAAACGAACGAAUAAAUAAAAAUUCAGUAUGUAAAUCAAAAUAGUCGAUGAUCCUUCGUAAAAAUGGAAAAAAAAAUAAUAAAAACGAAAAAAAUUACUCUUUACUUCACGAAAAAAAAAAUAAAACAGAUAAAGGGCUAAACAUUCGCUAUUUCUUUACUUUCACGGCUCAACUAUCGCUAGCUAUUCGCAUUUUUUUUUUCCUUUAAUUGAAUUAAAUUAUUUUUGUUUAAUACUGAUAAGCGAAAAAAAAUGUGUCUUCUGUUUAUAAAAAGUGAGUAGAGGCUAUUUAGAGAAACGAGUGAGAAAGAGAGAAGGAAAAAACCUUAAUAGUUAUAUAAUUCACAAGGAAAAAAUGCAGAUCGAAAUGAGAAACUCGAAUAAAGUAUAUAAAAAUUUGUAAUAUCAUUUCAUAUGCGUAACGUUCAUAGGCUUUAAGUAUAGAAGAAAAAUAAUUAUUAUUAUUUCCAGAGAUAUAAGAGAAAUAAUAAUACUGGAUACAAAUUUGUUAAUUAUUACUAUCGAUAUCAACAUUGAUUUCUGUGAAUUAAAAUUGUGUCUAAAGGCCAUGCUACAAACUUUAUUCCUCCUAUUGUAAACGGUAAAGGAAAAAAAUAUUACUACGAAAAAAAAAAAUUAAAGCAAAAAUAUAAGUA